GACUACAGGGGAGUUUUGUUGAAGUUGCAAAGUCCUGCAGCCUCCAGAGGGCUGUCGGCGCAGUAGCAGAGAGCAGCAGACUCCGCGCUCCGGAGACCGGCAGUAGAGCGCGAGGCAGCGCGCGCCAGCAGCAGCCACCGGAGCCCAACCAGGUCCACAGCCCUCCCCAGGCGGCCGCGCCAUGGAACACCAGCUCCUGUGCUGCGAAGUGGAGACCAUCCGCCGUGCGUACCCUGACACCAACCUCCUCAACGACCGAGUGCUGCGAGCCAUGCUCAAGACCGAGGAGACCUGCGCGCCCUCCGUGUCUUACUUCAAGUGCGUGCAGAGGGAGAUUGUGCCGUCCAUGCGGAAAAUCGUGGCCACCUGGAUGCUGGAGGUCUGCGAGGAGCAGAAGUGUGAAGAGGAGGUCUUCCCGCUGGCCAUGAACUACCUGGACCGCUUCCUGUCGCUGGAGCCCCUGAAGAAGAGCCGCCUGCAGCUGCUGGGGGCCGCCUGCAUGUUCGUAGCCUCCAAGAUGAAGGAGACCAUUCCCCUGACCGCCGAGAAGUUGUGCAUCUACACUGACAACUCUAUCCGGCCCGAGGAGCUGCUGCAAAUGGAACUGCUUCUGGUGAACAAGCUCAAGUGGAACCUGGCUGCCAUGACUCCCCACGAUUUCAUCGAACACUUCCUCUCCAAAAUGCCAGAGGCGGAUGAGAACAAGCAGAUCAUCCGCAAGCAUGCGCAAACCUUUGUGGCUCUCUGUGCCACAGAUGUGAAGUUCAUUUCCAACCCCCCCUCCAUGGUGGCUGCUGGGAGCGUGGUGGCCGCGAUGCAAGGCCUGAACCUGGGCAGCCCCAACAACUUCCUGUCGUGCUACUGCACAACGCACUUUCUUUCCAGAGUGAUCAAGUGUGACCCGGACUGCCUCCGCGCCUGCCAGGAACAGAUUGAAGCCCUUCUGGAGUCUAGCCUGCGCCAAGCCCAGCAGAACGUUGAUCCCAAGGCCACCGAAGAGGAGGGGGAAGCGGAGGGAGAGACUGACCUGGCCUGCACACCCACUGACGUGCGAGACGUGGACAUCUGAAGGCCGCCGGGCAGGCGGGUGCCACCAAGUAGUGGCAGCCCGCGAUGAGGAAGGAGCCAGCCCGGGGUGCUCCUAAUGACGUCCCUCUUGGGGACAUUUGUUACCAGAAGGGGAAGUUUUGUUCUCUUUGUUGGUUGUUUUUCUUUAAUCUUUCUCCUUUCUAUCUGACUUAAGCAAAAGAGAAAAAAAAAAUACCUGAAAGCUGUUAAAGAGAGAGAGAGAGAUAGAAUUUGCAUCACCUAAGUGUAGGGAGGAGGGGGAUGCUACCAAUUUAGGAUUUUAUACCCCAGUAAUCGACUAGUUUUCUAUUAAUGUGCUUGUCUGUUGUAAGAAUAGGAUUAACACACAGGAGGAAGUCUCCAAGAGGAUUUUGAUUUUAUGUGUUUAAAAAGCUUAAGAAAAAUUGCUUUAAAAAAAAGAAGGAAAAAAAGGCCAAUAGAGAAAACCGUUGUUAAGUAGAAGGGAGUUUUAGGUAGAGACGUACUCGCUUUGCUGAAAGGCACAGCUUUGGCGCGGUCCUCAGCCUCUCUCCCUGCUUGCUCAGUGCAGCCUGUCACCUGUUUCCUGUGCUUUGUCCCAGGGAUGGGGCGACCUCUUCACCUUACUGAUGUGAUGGCCGCUGCGACCUCUAGCGGUCUCACGGCGUGUGGCACCAGGGCUCAUCUGUGCCCUCUCCCAGCCUGCAGGUUCACAGUGCCGGCCACACGGCAGUAGGCGUCCCACUCUAGGUAGGCAGUGUGCUCCAGUGGAGAGGGCCUGAGACAGCGACAUCAUAUGUUCUAUUUUUGUAAUCUUCCUAUUUUGUAGUUCCUGUUUAAGGAGCUGCUGGUUUUUGCCUGGCGGCCCUGCAGCCCACUCACAUCAGGUUAAACCCACAGCUUUUCUUUUGUGUGUAUGGUUUGUUCUGUUUUGUUGUGUUUUCCUUCUGUUCCAAAACCAUUCCAUUUCAAAGCACUUUCGGUCAGCUAGCUGGAGGCAGUGUUGCUGGGGUGGGGAUGGGGUGGGGUUGGUUCCUAAUGGGAUGGUUGGGAUAGCCACACACACUCAUUCAGAUGGCCGCACAAUGGAUGUGUGGCGUGGUGGGGCUGGUCGCAUGGGGUGCUUGGGAAGUUUUGUUGGGUCAAGAAGAGAGAACUCUGUUCUUGCACCACCAGGAUCUGUCCUACAGAGAAGUUGGAUUGAAGGGAUCCUUUGGUGCCGGCUGGUGUUUGGAAGUAGGAACUGUGGUAGCAUUACUUGGAGGAGGAGAUUCUGGAAGUCUUUCACAUAGGAGGCUUUUAAACACUAAAAUGUCUAAUUUAUACUUAAGGUUACAGAAGAGUAUUUAUUGGAAAGGCUGCCCAUGGCCAGUGUGAUUUUUAAAGCAAUGUGAUUUCCCUUGAUUCAAGAGCACACCUUCCGCCCUUGCUGGCGAAGGUUCAAUGCCAUGUCUGAGAGAUUGGUCUUUUAUUGGGGGUGGGGGGAGAGCAGAUCCUCAAAAACCAUAUAAGGACGGGCAUUCGGUUUGCUUAACUUUCCAAACCCCAACGACCCCAUUGGAGAGCCAUCCAAACUGAGGGAAACAGGGGAUCCCAAAGGAGUUUAAUUCCGGCACAUUCUUGCCCCCACCCCCACAACAGUAGGUAAUUUGUACACCUUGGCUCUGUGCUUUUCUAUUUAGGAAGUGUUGAAGGGAGGUGACGAGAGGGAGGCGGGAGAGAGGACUGGAGGGAGGAAGUGUGGAGGGUAGGGACCACACGGGACAGGCUGCAGCUCCUUCCACACAGCGCUGCUACCAAUGACUCCCAACAUCCCAGACGUUCAGAACCAGAUUCGCGUCGCUCUGUAUCUUUCACAUUGUUUUCGCUGCUAUUGGAGGGUCAGUUUUGUUUUGUUUUGUUUUUUUACAAUGUCAUAGACUGCCAUGUUCAAGUUUUAAUUUCCUCAUAGAUUGUAUUUACAGAUGCCCUUUUUUUUUUUUUUUGUACUUUUUAAAUUGUGAUCAAUUUUGGCUUAAUGUGAUUACCGCUGUAUUCCAAAAAAAAAACAGGUUCCUGUUCACAAUACCUCAUGUUUCACCUAGCCAUGUACGGGCCUAGCAGGCAGGUGAUCUGCCUACAGAGACCCUGGGACUGGUCUGAUGGGGAUCAUCCCCCUGCACCUGUCACGCUGGGCCCUUCAUUUGAUCUGGGACAUAUAGCAUCACAGCAGUCGGGACAACUCUAUUUUUCUUUGUUAAUUAUCAAUAUUGUUAUAUUUGUAGCGGCCUGUUGUGCAUGCCACCAUGCUGCUGGGCCCGGAGGAAUUUGUUCUGAGUCUCCGGUGCAUCAUUUAUUCUGUUAGGUUCUAGUGUUCUGUUGUUUUGUUUUGUGUUAAUUACAGCAUUGUGCUAAUUUAAAGACUUCAGCCUUGGCAAAGCCAGCCCCAGUGCUGCGGGCCUCCAAAUUCCCUAGCUAGCUGCCAAACCAAAAUGGUCACCUCCACGGUCACCACCAGCCUAGCUGAGGCAUCUGAACCAGGCAGGGCCCCUGGGUUCAUGGUGAUGGGUGAGGGUUUGGCCAAAAGGCCAAAGGCUGGUGGUGGGUCCACGGAGUCUGCCCUGUGACAUGAAAGGCUUUGAGGGGCUCUGGCUGGUGGCCAGGUUGGGUUUAUGUAUUUCUGGUUGACACA